UCUACAUAGCACGGCAUGGCGCGGAGUGCGACGCGGUUUUGGAAUAUGUUUUGGAAUGUUGGAUGUCCGUGAAGUGCGUCAAGAAAACAUAAAAUGGCCAACUAGGAUUCGCAUUUGCGUUUGUGCUGUAUCGGGCGUAGUAGAAUAUAUUACUUUGAAGCGUAUUCGUGCGCAACGCUAUCUGUAAGGCGAUCGGUGAGCUUUGUAUUGGUGUAAUUUUGAACAAUCCCGCCGCCUACUCAGACAAACCACCAACAAAACUGGAAGCUCGAUUGCGGUCACUGCAAAACAAUGACAGCCACUACCGGACCAAUAAAACCUAAUCCGAACUUCUUAUUCCAUCCUUGCCGAACGUUGAACCUCACUGGUAAUGCUGCAAGUGUUGACCCUGAUGCCGUAAAUACGGUUGCUGCGUCUUCAAGAUAUGGGCUCAUAUUUGUUGGUUAUGAAAAAGGUGUCAAAAUAUGUAGACUGGAGGACAUUCUAAACUGGGAGAGUGACUGUCGUGCACCAUUUGAUAACUGCCCCAGCAUGACUAUUCCCACAUCGGACAGUGUCAGCCUAGUUGCUCUCAAUGCUGAUGAAGUCACCUUGGCUGUGGUUUUGGUUCGAGACUCUGUUCCGGUUGCUGAUAUGUACGACGUACGAGGCUUUGCACAUCAGGUUCCUGAGACACGACCAUUCUUCUCAGUACGCCUGUCAUCGAAACCCGCAGUUGCUCUGCAGGACUUUGCGUGGAACCCUGUUCAGUGCAGCAUGUUUGCAGUUUGUCUUACAGACGGAUCAGCUGCAAACUAUGAGCUCUGUGGAGAGAUCCUCAAAAUGCAUGGUAAUAUUCCUGCUGCUACUGGAGCAAGAGCAUUGGCUUGGAGUCCUAAAGGAAAACAAGUGGUGAUUGGGAAGCAGGAUGGUAGUUUGGUUCAGUAUAAGCCAACCAUGCAAGAAGCAAAAACUUUACCCCCACCUACCAUCUUUGAAAAUCCCGUGCAAGUCAUGAGCGUAUGCUGGAUCGCCCCAACAGUGUUUGCUGCUGUGUAUCUUCCAUCUGGAAAUGUUGAUGACACACAGGCUGUGCUUGUCAUCACCGCAUUCUCUAAAACUACACCCGUGACUUAUACAACAUUUGAGGAACUGUGUCUCAAGACUGGCACCCAUCCAAAGGAGAGGUUCUGGCUCUACCAUCAGCCUGACUGGGGCAUACUCAUGUUUGCUUCACGUAAUUCCAAUGAAACUGCUGUACUAGGUUGUACUUCUGCAGACAAGAUGAAGUGGGAGCAGUGGGAACUAGACAGUGAUGGACGGGCAGAAGUGCCUUUGAACAAGGGUGAAGACACCUUUCCACUGGGCUUUGCUGUCAUCUACUCAUCACAAAGGAAUAUUGUUGGAAAACUUGAAACAUGGCCACCAAUGCCAAUACUGCUUCUGUUUUCUACUUCUGGAGCACUUUCUCCUUUCCACAUGAAAAAUCUUGCUCCGGGGGUUCCAAGUCUUGUGCGGCCACCAGAGCCUCUGUGUACAGAUGGCCAAAGGAAACCCAUGGCCAAUGCUCCUCAUAUUGAAGCACCUCGUUUGACAUCUGAGAGUGUUGUUACAUCCACUAAGAUUACGUCGAGCCAGCCGUUUCCAGUUGUGCCAUCAAGCCCACAGUUCCGAUUUUUAGUUGCACCCACUUCCAGCCCUCUGCAGCCCUCAGCUCCAACAGUGGCAGCACAUCCCUCAUUUGUUGCUCCUAGACCAAUAACCCCCCAGUCUUCUCAGCCAUUCUCAUUGUCCACAAGCACUGCAUCAUCAGCUUUUACGUUUGGCUCAAGUGGUGGGAGUUCCUUCAACUUUGGUUCGACUUCUGUGUCUACCACAAAAGCAAUCAGUGCCCCACUUUCUUUUUCUUUUUCCAACGUCGUAAGUAAACCAACUGCUAGUAUUUUUGGUGUCCCAUCCACGACCGUCGUCGGGGGCGGAUCAAUAUUCCCGACUGAUGCUUUUUCGAGCAAGCCCUCGCCACCUGCUGUCACUCUGGGUUCAAAGACACCGACAACUUUUAGCGCUCCUGCAUCAACGGCACCCACUGGAAGCCCAUUUUUGUUUGGGAUGGCUACAACACCAGUGACAAACACAGCUGUGUCCCCAGGUUCAGCGUUCUCUUCUGUGCCUAAACCUGUGCCUAAACUUUUGCCAUCUGUUCCACCGUCGCAACAACCAUUGUCAACCACGACUGUGGCUACAGCAGUAACUUGCAGAAACACCAAGCAAGCAACACACACGGCUACAAGUUUCCAACAUACGAAGAAGCAAGUUUCUGAACCAUCUGAUCCCUUAGUCGCUCCAUCGGAAUCAGCUUCCAAGAGUAUCUCAGACAAUGCCAUUGUGUCUGCUAUAAUGGAAGAGAUUACAGCAUUCCAGAAAGAACUGAAAGAAUUUAAAGAACAGGUGUGCAAGGCAGCAGCAUCAUCUGGCACUCAAGCAGACAUGAACAGGCUGAUGGAAAAUGGCAUCAAUAUGGAGGAAAUGGGGGAGGAAUUGAAACAAAAGCUUAGUGGGCUCAACAAUGAUGUGCACAUGCUCAGUUCGCUCAUCUUGGAAGCUUUCGCUGCUGUUGAAGAGGGACGAACACAGGAGCUGCGCAACCAUGAUCCGCGGUUCGUUGGGUUACUUUACAACAGACGACUGGACCCGAUGACUGCCCAGCGCUUGUCAGAGAUACGCCAGCUUCACCAAUACCUGGAGUCUCAAUUACGAGACGUGCACAUGCGCCUCGAUUUGGACUGGGAAGAGUACAUGACGAAACAGAAGGAAAAGUGCAGGGUUAUUUUACCAUCGGCUCAGGCGAUGUACGAGGUGAUCCGGCACUGCCGCAACACAUCGCAGUCGCUUACAGUCCAAGUGGAUGCGCUAUCACGCAGGAUAAAGGAAAUGAAAGCCCUGGAAAAGUUUGGCACACAGUCUGCUCACUGGGAUAAGAUUAUAAAAGGAAACCAAUCCAAUGCAGAUGAACUGUCGGCAUUGGCAGACACCCUUCUCUGGACAAGCCUGUCGAACAAGGAUGGCAGUAAAUCUGCUACCAAGGCUACACCUUUGUCUCUUCGAAAGCAGGCCCAGUUGGCUGAAUACUUUGGCCAACAGAGUGCAACACCUGUGAGGGCACGUGUUAUAGGGAAGCUGUCGGAGUCCCGCCUCCUUUCUAAGCUUUCUCUUGUCACGAGUGAAUCUUCACGUGCAAGCGAGAAGAAAGACGUCUCGAGUCCGAUGGGAGCUGAUGAAAAGUCCAGCGCUUUGCACACUCCAGAACUGAAAAACGGUUCCUCAGCUUCAGAAGCAAGCAAGGAAACAGAGAAUCAGCUGGAGAAGACAACGCGAGAAGAGAAUAGAGAGAGAAAGAACGUGGAAUCAUUCUGUAUUCCUCCAUUUGCAUCAACACCUGUCAAGGGAUUCCUCCCUCCCAUCAGUGGCAUUCCUCAUGUCCAAACAACAGCUGAACCCACUAGGGUGCCUAUUACCAAGGUGAUCCAAGUGUCAAUGCCACCCACAGAGAAAGCUUCAACUCCUGUUAUUCCUUCUGGUCUAACCAUUACACCCAUAACGCCUCCAGAAGCUCCUGCACUCACGAUGACGGUCACAAAGCCCACCCCUACCCGUACAGAUGCACCGACAAAGCCGUUUGGCUCUGCCUUUAUCAGUUCAACAACGGUGCCAACAGCACCUGUAUUCAGUUUUGGGAAGACUACUGCUCCCAUGGCUUUCAAUUUUGGAAGCCAACCUGCUGCCACCAAGCCUGGCUUUGUGGCUGUCAAGUCUUCUGUUCCUGGAUUUGCCUCUGCAGCUGAGACAAAACCAGAGCCUGCACAGGAAAAGGCCACAAAAGCUGAUGGUUACGAAGAUGUAACUCCUUCUGGAUCUCCUCAACCAGUUCAGAAGCCUGCAAGUGUGUCAGAUGCACCUACACAGCAUCAUAUAAAGGAGAGCAGCAUUCCAACAUCUGUAACACCUCCUUCAGGAACUGUGCUUCCAGCAGCUCUGACUUCCACAAAAGCAGCAACCACAGCAAUGGCUACUGCUGUCACAUCUUCGGUUUUUUCCUUUCCUAUUGCUACAACUUCCACUACUUCAGCCCUCUUCAAGCUAAACUUUGGCCAAUCUGGCACAAGUAAGAAAACGAGCAUUUUUGGGAACACGCCACCGGCUACAACACAAAGUGAUCCAAGCCAAGUGACAUCUACUGUGUCAAAUUUUGGAAAAUCUCCACAGUCACCAGUCCAGAGCAGCGCUGUUGCAUCGAGUGCUGCUGCUGCAGCUGCUGCAUUUAGCUUCACAGCAGCCCUUGCAGCUAGCAGAGAGCCUGCAUCACCAGAUGUGAUUUCCUCUGUAGCAGUUCCGGUUGCCAAGCCAACGCCAAUCUCUCUCCCUUCAACUGCUGUGCAGACUCCAACCUCAUCGGGAAGUGGGGCGGCUGUCACUACAGUCGCUGACUCUGCAUUGUUUCACCCAGUGUCUGCGUUUGGAGGCUCAUCCCUUGGCCAGCCAACAACAUCUGCCACUCCUGUUUGUCCUGUGACAAGUCAACCGGCUCAGGUAUCUAAAGAUAAUGCUGAAGCUGACUCCUGCAAAGUUACUUCAACGGCAGACACAGCAGUACCGUGUAGCACUGUGUGUGUUACAAGCCAUGCAAGUACAACUACUGCAUCAACAAGCAUUGUGCUUUCACAGCCAGAACCUACAACAGUUAUAUCAGUUAGUCAGACCACGGUCCCGGCACAAACCUCUACCAGUAUUACAGCAUCUGCAGAGCAGACACAAAAGGGGUCAACAUCGUCAUUAGACCAAACACAGUCGACAACCAUCGUGUCCCCAUUUGCUCCAACUUCAUCGGUACAAGCGUCCCCCUUUGGACAAUCAGCAACAUUGUUUGGAAAACCUCAGUCAACUCCCACUUCUGUUGUUCCUGUAUUUGGACAGAGCCCUCCUGCUUUUACACAAACAGCCUCCACAUCAUCAGCGUUUGGUCAGGCAGUGACUACGACAACGUCAUCACCUUUUUGGAAGCCAUCAGCUACUUUUGGACAACCACCACCAACAUCAACUUCCAUAUUUGGCCAGCCAGUGAUGACAUCUGGCUCAAGCGUAUUCGGCCAGCCUGCAUCUUCCACACCUUCUGUCUUUGGUCAGUCAAGUGUGUUUGGCUCGAGCCAGCAAAGCACAACCACAGUCUCAUCUCCUUUUGGACAAAUGUCUACAACAUCGACCAGUGGGUCGUUGUUUGGCCAAAAGCCCAACUUUGGAUUUCAACAAACACCAUCUCCUUUUGGCCAAAGUGAAAGCCUCUUUGGACAGAAGACAUCCUUUGGCCAAUCCAGUGUCCCGGCCUUCGGUCAGCAACAGAGAGCUUCUGCAUUUGGAGAGCAGUCUCAAGAACAAGCUGCACAACAAGGAAGUGGUGGAAGCCCCUUCGGUGGUUCGGGAUUCCUUUCUGGCCUAGGGGGAAAGCCUAGUGGGGAAGGAGCACCAAAGAAUGUCUUUGGGGGCACAUUUGGCUCAGGAACACAAUCCACUGGUCUCUUUGGUAGCCAGGGGGCUUCAUCAUUUGGUUCUUCCUUCGGUGGGGGAGCAUUCUCGAGUGGUAGCUUCUCCACCGGCGGGGGCAGUGUGGCACAAACAGGCUUUGGUGCGUUUCAACAGCAGACACCAACUAAACCUGCUGCUUUUGGAGGCCCUCCAGCCUUUGGAGGCAGCCCUAGCUUUGGAGGACCACCACAGUUUGGAGGAUCCCCUACAUUUGGAAGCUCUCCUGGAGUAUUUCCGUCUCCUUUUGGAUCACCUCAACAGUCCCCUCAACAGCAGCAUACGGGCUCGUCAUUUUCUGUAUUUGGAAACACUGAAGGCCCGACGUUUGGUUCACUAGCAGCACAAGGUCAGGGUGUGCAACAACAGCAGCAACAGCAAGGCUUGAGCUUCGGCAGCACUUUUGGGAGUAGCCCCACUACUCCUGCUUUUGGAUCUCCUGGAUUUGGUGACCAAAGUGCUCCAAGGCAGACAUCAGCGUUUUCACAGUGGAGGCAGUGAGGAUAUCUGAGGAUGGUGGCCAACAAGAUAUCAUGUUUGAAGCAUUAUUCCGUCAUACACGUUGGGGUAUGCAACGCGUAUAACACUGGUUAAAUUCAAAUGUGUCAACUAGCUGUAAAGCUAGAAUAGACAAAUUAUGUCUUAUAUUUUACAAUCAACCAGAUGUAUAGCCAUAUACGGAUUUAUGGAUACGGAUAUAUAUAUGGUUUUGCAUCUCAGGAUGAAAAAUGUGAAUGAAUUUCAAUGUUUCCAUAUCCCUAAUAAAGCAUUUGCCAUACGUA